GAACCAGCACUGUUCAGAGAUACCACCAAGAGAAAUACUUCAUCUUCGCCUUGACGCCUCAACAAGUCAGAGAGGUGUGCAUUUCAAGGGACUUCCUACCGGGUGGCAGAAGGGACUACAUGGUUCAGAUACAACUGAGGUUUUGUCUGUCAGAAACAAGUUGUCCCCAAGAAGACAACUACCCCAACAGUCUCUGUAUUAAAGUGAAUGGGAAGCUCUUCCCCUUGCCGGGUUAUGCCCCGCCCCCUAAAAAUGGAGUGGAACAGAAGAGACCGGGAAGACCUCUAAACAUCACCUCAUUGGUCAGAUUGUCCUCUGCCGUACCCAAUCAGAUCUCUGUAACGUGGGCAGCCGAAAUUGGAAAGACGUACUCCAUGUCGGUGUACCUGGUGAGACAGGUCACCUCGCCUCUACUGCUGCAGAGGCUCAGGAUGAAGGGCAUUAGAAACCCAGACCACUCCAGAGCGCUGAUAAAAGAGAAGCUGACAGCAGACCCCGAUAGUGAGAUUGCCACAACCAGCCUGAGGGUGUCGCUCAUGUGCCCCCUUGGUAAAAUGCGUCUGACUGUGCCGUGUCGAGCUGUCACCUGUUCCCACCUGCAGUGUUUUGACGCAGCCCUCUACCUGCAGAUGAAUGAGAAGAAACCCACCUGGGUCUGUCCUGUCUGUGACAAGAAGGCCCCCUACGAGAGCCUCAUCAUCGAUGGGUUGGUACCCCUCUCUAUAAUAAUACCUGGGUCUGUCCUGUCUGUGACAAGAAGACCCCCUACGAGAGCCUCAUCAUCGAUGGGUUGGUACCCCUCUCUAUAAUAAUACCUGGGUCUGUCCUGUCUGUGACAAGAAGGCCCCCUACGAGAGCCUCCUCAUCGAUGGGUUGGUACCCCUCUCUAUAAUAAUACCUGGGUCUGUCCUGUCUGUGACAAGAAGGCCCCCUACGAGAGCCUCAUCAUCGAUGGGUUGGUGCCCCUCUCUAUAAUAAUACCUGGGUCUGUCCUGUCUGUGACAAGAAGGCCCCCUACGAGAGCCUCCUCAUCGAGGGGUUGGUACCCCUCUCUAUAAUAAUACCUGGGUCUGUCCUGUCUGUGACAA